AUGCCGCGCGACAAGCCGAGCUCCCGAAGGUUCAGUGUUACUGCUACAAGUCUCGACGCAUUCGUCUCACAGUUGUGCGUUUUACGACGGUUUCGAGGAAAAAUGAUUCGAUCACCUAGCUGUGUAAAAUCUAAUGAUGAAGACAAUUCGUCACUUAGUUAUGAUUCACCAAUCUCAUAUUUUACUAGAGAUAAUUAUGAUCACGAAACGUCGACACCAUCAUCAAAUCGCCAUCGACAAGCUUUGCAUCUGGACUUAUCGCCGAUUCUGGAGAGCGACAGUAGCAUGUCGGAACCGUCUUCGAAGCCUAUUGAGGGAAUCCCUCCUUCACCACGUGGCAGCAAGACCCCGAGGUCGUCUGAAAGGUCUCGAGUAACGCUGCCUGCGAUUUCUCUGAAAUCCGAAAGCGAAUUUUCUCCGAGUUCCCUUUGUAUCCCAGGACGUGAUGGUGAUGGAUCGUAUCUCCAAAAGCUCGAGAUGGCGGAGCGGUUCGACAACAAGUGUGCAUCCGUAUUAGAUGAUUUACGUGCUAGUAUGCCUUUGGUUGAGAACCCUGACUAUGCUCAGUUGAUCACCUUUCGUCGUAUGAUCAACAUUUUUUAG